UCCUCGAACAGGCGGGACUUUUGUGCGAAAAAAAACUUGUUUACACAUGUUGACGGAUGUGCGCUUCAAGUGGUUCGUGGCGUUCCGGGUCCUGGUCAGAUUCAAUUUCGGUAGUACCAAAUAAUUCUUGUGCAGAUCCGAAAAAAGGAAAACCACAGAAACCUCCAAUAAGUAUGGUGACUUUCAUGGAUGGAUUUCCCUACUAUGCGAAAAACCUGUUCAACGACCGAUCUCUUGCCGAUGUAACGAUUAUUGUCGAUAAUGACAAUGAAGAUCCGGGCUGUGACGCUACUGUUUCCAUACGAGCUCACCGAGUUGUGCUGGCCACAAUGUCAGACUAUUUCCACACGAUGUUCUACGGCCAAUUCAUCGAAGCCAAACAGUCUGAGGUUCGAUUGCACGGUGUGCCCAAUUCCUCGUUUCAGCAUUGCAUAAGGUUCAUUUAUUGUGGCUGGGACCACACACUGAGCAGACUAUCUUGCGAGGACGGAAUACAUUUAUUCAAGAUGGCAAAAAUGUUUCUAAUGGAUAAGAAAUUCCAACCUUGUUAUACAAACUGGGUUAUCUCCAACAUAACGACCUGGGAAAAACAACUUUGGAGCAUAUUUUCAAUGGCAGUCGAUUAUAAAUUAACAGGAGUAGAAAACCGCUGCUUGGCACUUUUUUCGGAUAUUGCAAACGAAUCUCUUUUUUACGAGUCGUUUCGCGAAGUUCCGUUGGCAAUUGUUGAAAAGGUAUUAUCAUGCGAAAAAAUGAACUGCACGAAAGUGGAACUGGCAAAGGCAAUAAAAACCUGGAUUAGAUGUAAUCGCAUUGGUGGACCGGUCAAAGAAAAAUUGCUCAAAUCGAUUCAAUCAAAAAAUGAGGAAUUAUACAAAGGAGAACAAGUUCCACUCUAUACAAGAUUGAAGAAGGAGAAGAUGGAUAAAGCCAGAUCCAACACUGAUACACCGGUGGAUAUUGCUGAAAGAUACUCUUCGAAACUAUGUUUCUAUAAAUGCACCAUGUUGGUUGGCGUAACAAUCGUGAUGAGCCGAAACUCGAAAGUUGAAUGUCCCCAUGAAUUGAGCAAGGGGACCAUCAAUUUGGAAGCAGUCAUAAAACCCAAAUAUUCAUGGCAUGAACCACUAGCGAAGAGAACCGCCAUAACCGUGAGUUAUGAUUGGACAAAGUAUAAAUCGCGUAAGGUGAACAUCUUUUUCCCGGAAAUCAAAUGCUGCGCGGACAAUUUUUAUGAGUUCGCGUUUAGCUUCAGUGGAACGAAUAGUGAAACUUUCACAAUUCGCAAGUUCGGGCCCACGUCAAACGAUUCGGUAAAAGCUAAGGAAUCCGUCGUAGUAUGCCUCUUCCAAUAUCUGUCGGACGACGACGACGAGAGCCGAUGUGGAAGCUGCUCCCGGCUUAGAGAUUCGGAUAGCUACACCUUUUGGGGCCACAGUAGUGUUGGUAGCUAUAUAGAUAGUUCGGCUUCAGUUUCAUCAUCACUAUGAUUCAAGUUCAUUGACUCUUUUAGCAUAAGUCAUAUUUGUUAUUUUUACAUGCUGAUUCUCAGGAUAAUUAAUUCUUUUUAUGGUUCAAGCCUAUAUGAUUGUUUGUUAUAUAUCUUAUAUAUCUUCUUUAAUUUGGACUUUCUUGCUGCGAUACACAUGAUACCAUAACUUGUGUUGUGAAUAAUAUACGUAUGUUCGAUUUUCGUAGAAUA